UUGGAGGCAGGCACCGAGCAGACAGACACGAAGCAGCAGCAGCAGCAGCAGCUCAGAUUAAUGCGCAGCAGAUCCUCCAGCACAGCUUCAGCUUCAGCUCCAGCACUCCACUAAACACCAGAGAGAACAGGAGGAAGAUCAGGAGGAAGAGACAGACAGACAGACAGACAGACAGACAGGAUGGGACAUAAAGACGCCUUCAUAUUACUGACUCUACUGUCCUGCUGCGCGUGGAGAGAUGCUGAGGCUCUGGCUAUGACCGAGGUGAAUGGUCCGGUAGGCGGGGCCCUGGUGGCCGAGCCUCAGAUUGCGAUGUUCUGUGGCCGUCAGCUCCUGCACAUGAACACCGAGACCGGGCAGUGGGAGCCGGACCCUCAGGGGCGCCAGGGCUGCUUCACCCAGCCUAGCAAAAUCCUCUCCUACUGCCAAGAGAUGUACCCAGGUCUGCAGAUCUCCCAUGUGGAAGAGGCCUCUGCUCCAGUGACGAUCCCGGCCUGGUGUAACAAAGGCUGGGGUUACUGCCAGAAACGCCAGUCCAUCGUCAUCCCCUACCGCUGUCUGGUUGGAGAGUAUGUCAGUGAGGCUCUCCUGGUUCCUGACCGCUGUCGAUUUUUGCAUCAGGAGCAGAUGGACUCCUGUGAGAGUUACAUCUACUGGCACAACAUCGCCAAAGAGGCAUGCACAGCAGACAGUCUGGAGCUGCAUAGUUACGGGUUGCUGUUGCCGUGUGGUAACCGUUUCCGAGGGGUGGAGUAUGUGUGCUGUCCGGGCAGGAGUGGUGCCGGUGGUCGUGGUGAGACAGAGGGAGUGGACACGCCCCAGGGAGCCACCCCACCUCUAGUGUCCCUGGCUGGAGAAAAAGAGGCCACGAGUGUGAAGGUGGUGCCCCCCACUCCCAGCCCUUCCCCUGAAACCGACAUAGAGGAGGACGACAUGGAGGAGGAAGAGGAAGCCGUGGAGGAGGAAGAGGAGGAAGAGGCAAAUGAAGAGGAGCAAGCUGAGGCAGAAGAGGAAGAGGAAGAAGAAGAAGAAGAUGAGGAGGAUGAAGAAGCAGCAGCUGUGGCAGCGAAGGACCCGGAGGAAUACGAAUAUUCCGUUGACUCCGGACCUUAUCAGACCACGGACUACAUGGAUAAUUUCUACUACGAGAAAUCCGGCAAAUCCCCAACGCAACAGCCCCUGACCCGCGGAGACAGCUUGCCCACUCCACGCCCUACAGAUGGAGUGGAUGUUUACUUUGAAAUGCCCAGCGAUGACAGCGAACAUGCCAGCUUCCUCCGUGCCAAGAUGGACCUGGAGGAACGAAGGAUGAAGCGUAUCAAUGAGAUCAUGAAGGAAUGGGCAGAAGCAGAUAACCAAUCCAAGAACCUACCCAAAUCUGACCGCCAGGCACUGAACGAGCAUUUCCAGGCGGUGCUGCAGACUCUGGAGGAGCAGGUUGCAGGUGAGAGGCAGCGAUUGGUUGAGACUCACCUGGCUCGCGUUGUGGCGACUCUGAAUAAUAACCGCAGACUGGCCCUGGAGAGCUACCUGAGCGCAGUACAGAGCGACCCCCCACAGCCGGAGCGUGUGCUGCAGGCCCUGAAGCGCUAUCUGGCUGCAGAGCAGAAGGACCGGAGACACACACUGCGGCACUACCAGCACAUCGAGUCUGCCGACCCUCAGAAAGCAGAACAGAUGAAGUUCCAGGUGUACACUCAUCUCCACGUGAUCGAGGAGAGGAUGAACCAGAGCUUGGCUCUGCUGUAUAAAGUCCCCGCCCUGGCUGAGGAACUCCGUGACGAGAUCCAGGAGUUAUUGAGGACGGAGAGAGGUGAUAUCAGUGAGUUGAUGACCACCUCGUUCUCUGAGACUCGCACCACAGAAGAGCUGCUGCCUGCAGAGAGUGAGGAAGAGAAGGAUGAUGAGGAGGAAGAGGAGAGGGCCUUCCAGAACCGGCCCUACCCACCACGCAUAGACCCUCAGCCAAGCAAUAAGAAAGUGUCUGCUGUGGAUGAGUAUGAUUACGCCACGUCUGAGAGACCUCCUACUUACGAGUACGAGGAGAAGAUCAACACCUCAGUGGAGCUGAAACAAGUGGUCUACAAGUCUCCAGGAAUCCAGAGAGAUGAACUGCAGCCAGACGUUCUGGAGACGUUUAACCGUGGAGCGAUGGUGGGGCUGCUGGUGGUUGCUGUGGCGAUCGCUAUGGUGAUGGUCAUCAGUUUACUGCUGGUCCGCCGUAAACCGUACGGCACUAUUAGCCACGGCAUCGUAGAGGUCGACCCCAUGCUGACCCCAGAGGAGCGGCAGCUCAGUAAGAUGCAGAACCACGGCUACGAGAACCCCACCUACAAAUUCUUUGAGCAAAUGAACUAAAGGAGCCACGAUCGUCCUGCAGCUACACCCCCUCGCUCACGUCCCGUUUACUAGCAGGGGUUCCAUACCAACCCUCCCCUCCCCGUAUACUGUAUGUACGUUUCCAUGACCGACGUUCAAAACGAUAAAAUCCAACAUGGCACGCAGAUAGGGAGUUUGCACUAAAACGUUACCGUUAACCCAAACACGCAUCUCUCUCCACACACCAGGAGAGACGUCUAAUAAGCCAAUCGGGGAGUAAAUAUAUAAAUAUAUACAGUCAGUAUAUAAGUGUGCGUGUGUGUAUAAGCGUGUGUAAAUUAUUAUUCAUAUUAUUAUCAUUUGUUUUUUUUAUUUGUAAGGAUUCUGAAAUCAUUAAACGCACUCUGAAGGCUUCUUACACCCGAUAUAUUCCAUACAGUCAUCCAGAAGCACUGAAACUGUGAAGCUGUUUCAUAAUUUCAGCUGAGCAGAGUCUAAAAUUAAAAUUAUUCAUAGCAUUUUUUAUUUCGUUGAAUUUUUUUUCAUUUGAAAACUGUGAUAGGGAUGAAAUUCUAUAUAUUUUUUAUUUUUUAUUCAUGCAAAUCUGUUUGUGAGCAUUAACGUAGCCCCCAAAACGUACAAAAAAAAGGUACGUACAACUUAAAAAACUGUAUUUUUACGCGCUCUCUCCGUCUCAGUGCAUAAGUGAGAACGGAUAGGUUAGUGGUCUUUGGGUGGGGAGAACCAUCUCUCAGCCAUUUCUCACUCUGGUUGCUUUGUUCACUUGUUGAAAAAAAUAAAAUAAAAAAGAGAAAAAAUAUAUACAAAUAUAUAUAAAAAAAAAAGAACCCAGUCAUCGCUCCGAAAACAUAAAAAAAAAAACAUAUCGCAAUCUUAAUCGAUUAGUGCUGAAGUUAUCAAUUUUUUAUUGAUUAUCCUCAUUUAUUGUACCGCUUCUUAGGAAAAAAAAAAAAAAGAAAAAAGUAAAAAAGGAGUAAUCUGCAGUCCAUUAAAGUUCAAGUUAAAGUUAAAGAAGAAGAGCAUGCUGAAAUUUGGUGUAUGAUGCUAUAAACGUACUUGUGUUGUUCCUGUUUUUUGCUUUUGGAUGGACUUAAAAAUGUCACAGUUAGACGAAAAACGUGUACAUAACUGAAAAGGUAACUAGAGAAACUAGACGUUUUUAUUCGUUAAUUUGUACCGAUGCGAUGUGUGGCGUAUCAAACUUUAAAGAUGACUUUGUGCUGCUCACACACACACACAGAGAGAGAGAGAGAGAGAGAGAGAGAAUAAAAAAAGACUAAAAAAAUAAAUAAAUAAAUACAAUUUCCUAACAUGGCUGAAUGAAAACGGACUGUUGUAUAAACCAGCACAAGACAACGACACAGGUACCUUUGACUGAAUGUAUCUUUAGGUAGACUUCGACUCCAUCAGCUUCUUAUUUUCCGGGCCGCGCGCGUGGUCUGCUAGUACUCGGUAGUGAGUAGUUUAGUUGGACUUUGCUAGGCUGUCUGUUUCACAUCCGGUAGUUCUGAAGCGUCGCUGAGUGGUGAUCUCUUUCCAGAGGAGUUUCGUAAGAAGGAACAUGGCGGCGUUCGCUCCGGUCCGAGGACUCGCUGUGGGGACCGUUUCUGAUGCGCGGCGACCGAUAGCCGAAUUUCUUCGAUAGCCGAGGUUUACGUUUACGUCGUCUGUUGUUCACCAUUUCGAUGCUAGCUCACGAUAGCGAGAUAUGUCGGUGUCUUUGCUGUGGUGAAACUGCUUUAAAAAGAAACAAAGAAAAAGAAACAAAAAGGAAAAAAAAAAAAAAAAACGAAACAAAAAAAAAUAACAACACUACACCGAAUGUUAGCUUGUUAGCUUGGAAAAACAAAAGGAACAUCUUAGCUUAGCAACUUAGCUUUCGGAAAUAAAAAACGUUCUCGUUUCUUUUGUCGCGAGACUCGGCUGACAUUCCUUUUCCUUCCUCCCUUCCCGAAAAAUAGUGGCAAAGAAGCUGAAAACUGAAACCAAAACCGUUUUAUUAUCACUACCUUCUAUCUUUUGUGACUAGCACUCUAUCUUUUUUCUAUCUUUCAUCCGCUAAAUACAGCUAAACUGUAACAGAUAUACCACAGAGAUUCGAAAAGAACUGAGAUUUGAGUCAUUUUCAAGCUGAUUUCUCAACAUUUUAAGACGUUUAUUGGACAGUUUGCUUGGUAAACAUUUAAAUAGGUCAUGGUAAGGGUUUCUACCUUUUGUGACUAGCAAUUUUUUUUGUCCGCUAAGCUAAAUGAGAACAUUUGAGAUUUGUGGAAUUUUCAACCUAAUUUCUUAAUAUUUUAAGAACUCCAACUGUUAGUUUGGGGAAAUUUGAAAAGGUCAGAAAAUGACUAGAAAUCAUAAUAAUUUCAAUGGUUUCUCCAAUUUUUUUCAUCCGCUAAACUAAAAUGUAACAGAUACUCCAUUGCAAAUAAAGAUGAUUUGAGAUUUGUGGAAUUUUCAACCUGGUUUCUCAAUAUUUCAAGAAGUUUCUUGUCCAGUGUUUGAUGAAAACCAACAGUUACUUUGAUAAAAUUUGAAAUGUUUAGAAAAUGAUUAGAAAUCGUAUAAAUUUCAAGGGUUUCUACCAUUUCUUUCAUCUGUGAAGUUAAACUAUAAUUGGUAUACCACAGCAAAUUGUGUAGAUUUGGUAUUUGUGGAAUUUUCAACCUGAUUACUUCAUAUUUUAAGAAGUUUUUUGGCCACUUUUUGAUAAAACCCAACAGUUUGCUUGUUAAACAUUUAAAUAGGUCAGAAAAUGCCUAGAAAUUGUAAUAAUUUUAUUGGUUUCUACCAUUUCUGACUAGCACUUUUUUGUCAUCCGCUAAGCUAAACUGUAAUAGAUGUUCCCAAUUAAAAAAGCCAAUCGAAAAUUAUUUGAGAUUUAUCUAAUUUUCCACCUGAUUUCUCAAUAUUCUGACAGUUUUCUUCUUUAAAACUUUAAAACGAUCAGAAAAAUAGAAGCCAAUGACGAUUCUCUUAAAAUUUGCUCCUUUACACCUUUUUUUUUUUCAAUUUAUCACAAUAAAGGGUUGCUAAAAUAACUGUUUGGCAACCACAAUCAACCACGGGCUAAAGGAACACCAAAUAGAAAUUAGUUUGAAUUUUUUUGCUUAUCGUCAAAAACUGUUAUUGUAAAAUCUUUCCAAAUGUCAGUAAUGGAUCAAAACAGGUCCUACUAAGUUUUAGGACACACAGGUUGAUUAUUUGACACAUUUACCUAUUUAAAAAAUAUUGUUCUACUUUCGCACCAAUUUACACGGACCUGGCAGCGCUAUAGUAACGUAGACGACAUCCUCCUCCCCCUGUAAACACUGUACAGACUACUUUAGUGUAGGAUGCAGUAGGUUAGCGACAUUCUCACGUCACAUUCUCAGUAGUUUAUUGGCCUCUUACGUAUUAAACUAUUAAAUGCAUAGAACAGUAAAACAAAAAAAAACUGCUCGUUUAGCCCCAAAGACUCACGCGUCAGUCCGCACUUCAUCUGAAGGAUGCUAGUCGAGGCGUGAAGCACAUUUAUAAGGCGCACGUUUCACCUAACGUUUCCUUUCUACGAGUUCUAAAUCCUCGUCGUAAGUCCUUACCGAGGCAUCCACAGAUUAGCUUGUUCUGUGCUGUUCACCAUGCGCUGUAAAUCUGUCUGAGUCAUUAGUAGGAAUAGUACGGUAUAUUCUUGUCUGCAUUAAGAUUUAUGAAUGUUCGUUGCAUCGCCUUGGUAGAUUUACAGUAUCUUAUGAAUGUGUUUCGAUUAAUCCUAAAUUAGGAUCCUUGACGUAAAGCGUGGCACUGAUUCCUCUCUUCCUUUUACUUUACUGAUUCUAAUUUUUGAUUUCCGUUUUUUUAUUUAUUUUUAUCUCAGCAUUGAGCCGAUUUAGAGCAGUGUACUCUAUAUAUAUAUAUAUAUAUAUAUAUAUAUUGAGCUGCAAGUUCAAAGUAAACUUCUCAAGAUGACCCCCAAAAAAACCCGCCCCCUGAUCCCGCCCCCAUCGCACACCUCCUCCUUCUCCUCCCCUUUCUGCCCCCGAACCCAAUGGAAAUGUAAACAGUGUACUGAAGAUUUAAUUGCUGCAUUAUUGCCUUUUUCAACGCUGUGUUUUGGAUGUAAUUAUAUAUGUAUUUUUUAUUUAUAAGUCAUUCUCAAAUUGGACUUCGGGUCAUGCUUCUCAAAAUUGGUGCUGUUCGCAUUGGUUUCCGUUCAUAUCCGAGUUGAGGAAAUGAGGAAAUGAGGAAAUCUUGUUAUUAGUCGAUUAGUGAAAUUAAGUAGUUUAAGUGAUUUAACUGGGCUAUGAAACUUAUAAAGCACAAUCGCAUUCCAAAAAAAUUGUUUCAUUCUCAUCUACGUAUGUAAAAAAAGUGAAAGGCUCACCGAUUUCUCAACGUAUUCCUAAAUCAAAACUUCCUAAACGUUUUUUCAGUAAGCCAAAAGAAUGGGAUGGCAUGUCGAGGCAGGAGUUACACUAAAAUCUGAAUGCAGUACUGAAUGCAGUACUUAAUAAGCCCCCGUUUCAAUGGCAGAACUGUGGCAGGUGUGAUGAAACCCAUUAUUAAAAUAAAAAAAUUAAAAACAUCACGCAGCGUUCGUACAUCAUAUUAAGAUUCCGUAAUGCAUUAAAUAAUAAUAAUAAUAAUCCGGAAACAGCAAGAAAAAGCUGGUAACACUUUCUUUGAACGUCAUCUCUAUAAGACUCUAUAAACAUACUCAUAACACAUUAUAAUGCAUUCAUAAGGCAUUAUAAACAUGGCUAUACAUAUUUAUAAAAAUGUAUAAUUCAUUAUAGCAAUGUUUAUUAUGCAUCAUGAACUGUGAUUAUAAUGCAUUAAUAGCUGGAGUGUUUAUAACAUGUUAUACAUCAAUACCAAGACACUCAGUCCCUGCUUGCAGACUUUAUCAUCACUAAAAAAGCUUCCAACUUAUAAACAGACCCUCAAUAAUCCUAUAAAUAUAUUUUUAACCACUCAUGAAUUAUUAUUGUCUUGAAUAUAAUAUUAUUUUUGUCUAUUAUAAUGUAUUAUAACAGGUCUUUGUGCGCUCUAAGUAAAGUGCCAGACUUUCUCACUCAUUGUAGGACUAGAUUAUUAAAGAUAGAGAUAUACUAUUUUAACAUAUAUAUUUUAAGCACAGCUUAAAAUGUAUUAUGAUCACAGGUCAUAAUGCUUAACAAACAUGUCUAUAAUGGGUUAUGCAUUAUUAUAAACAUUUACAGCCAUGUUUAUAAUGCCUUAUAAAUGCAUUAUAAUAUGUUAUGAAUGUGGUUAUAGCGUCUAAUAAAGAUGACGUUCAUAGAAAGUGUUACCAAAAAGCUGCUUUCAUUCGAAGCGUUUGGUGAACCUGUGCUCUAAAGGGUGGAUGUAAAGAUUCUGCCAGUGCUUUAGUUGUGAUUCAAGAUUAUCGUGAAUGAAACGCAGAAAAUAAGCUGUACGUUUUCCAACGUUUUAGAGUUUCGCCAAAGAAAGAGGUGUUCACUGGAAGGUCCAGGUGGAAGGCUGUGUUCCGGUUGGAGUUUAAUUGGGAUGCAUUGUAAAGAGCAAGCGAUCUGAGAAGUGGUUUGGCUGAUUGUACUUUCAUUAAAAUGUUAAUAAAAUUACAAAUGACCCACAAAA